UGCAAAACCCAUUUCUUUCAGCGUAUUAAACCCUAAAGACAUUUCCUCUAGUGACAAACACUAAUUACUAUCUCUCCGGUGGCGACGCUUUCAAUGACGUCAUCCCGUCUCUAUCUCCGUUUCCUUCGCCGUUUCUCCACCGCCGCUGUAGAUUCUCCAGCCGCUGCUUCUUCCGGCGCAAUCACUGUCUCCAAAGCUAAGCUCAAACUCCGUAAAGUACACGAUCCGGACAAGGCCCUGGCGAUUUACAACUCCGUCUCCAGCAAUUCCUCAUCUCCCGUCUCCUCUCGCUACGCAAUGGAGCUCACCGUCCGCCGCUUAGCUAAAUCUCAGCGCUUCUCCGACGUCGAAGCCCUAAUCGAGUCUCACAAAAGCGACCCGAAGAUCAAAACAGAGACUUUUCUCUCUACGCUUAUCAGAUCUUACGGACGAGCCUCCAUGUUCGACCACGCGAUGAAGACGUUCGAGGAGAUGGAACAGCUCGGCACUCCAAGAACCGUCGUUUCCUUCAACGCCUUGCUCGCUGCUUGUCUUCACUCUGAUCUUUUCGAGAGAGUACCCCAACUGUUCGACGAAAUUCCUCAGAGGUAUAAUAACAUCGCUCCUGAUAAAAUCUCUUACGGAAUGUUGAUCAAGUCGUAUUGUGACUCUGGUUCGCCGGAAAAGGCUAUGGAGACGAUGAGAGACAUGGAGGCUAAAGGCGUUGAAGUCACCAUCAUUGCCUUCACCACCAUUUUGGGAUCUUUGUAUAAGAACGGGCAAAUCGACGCAGCGGAAAAGUUGUGGAGCGAGAUGGUGAACAAAGGCUGCGAAUUGGAUAACACGGUUUAUAACGUUAGGCUCAUGAAUGCCGCCAAGGAAAGCCCCGAGAGAGUUGAGGAACUGAUGGAGGAAAUGAGCAGUGUAGGGUUGAAACCUGAUACCGUGAGCUAUAACUAUCUCAUGACUGCGUACUGCGUGAAAAGGAUGAUGCGUGAGGCCAAGAAAGUGUAUGAAGGGCUUGAUCAGGAACAUGGCUGUUGUGCGAACGCAGCCACGUUCAGGACGCUGAUAUUUCAUCUGUGUAUAAACGGGCUGUACGAUCAAGGUUUGGUCGUGUUCAAGAAGAGCGCGUUGGUGCACAAGAUCCCGGAUUUCAAAACCUGCAAGCAUUUGACUGAAGGGUUGGUGAAGAGUAAUCGAAUGGAAGACGCGAGAGGAGUGGCUAGGACCGUGAAGAAGAAGUUCCCUCCUCGUUUGGUAACCGAGUGGAAGAAACUGGAGGAGGCUCUGGGAUUAUAUUCAAAAGCCAGAGCUGCUGCUUCAUCUUCUUCCCAAGCAAGAGAAGUGUUGGAUCAAUAAAGUGAGGGUGCUGCAUAAAAAGCUCUCAAGAAUCUGCUUAAGAAGGUCUGGUUUUUUCUUGCUUGUGCUUGCUUGCUUGAGCUAAAUUGUUGAAACUGUGAUCCAGGUUGCAUUUCUUUUUUCAUAAAUUAGCUGUAAAAGCUGCAAAUCAUAGUGGUUUGUUUUGAUGAAGAUGAGAACAGUUUAUAGCUUUACGGAGUUGUAGAUAGAAGUAGCAAGAAAGAUUUUGUCACUGCCUAUCUUUCAGUCUAUGUAACUCUAUGUUCAACACACACAAAUGCUUUUUAAGAUGAAUUCAAAUUUCUUUUCCACCAUUAGUCUACAAAUCCACAACAAUUGCUUCUUUUCCCCUAUUUCUGGGCUUUUAAGACGUCCUUUUGCUGAGAAAGGGCUUAAUGGGCUUAUAAGAAAAAGCCCAUUAGUGGCGGCACUAUAAAUAGUCCCUUUCGUCUAAAUUGAAAACAGAUUUUUCUCAAUCGGGAUACUUUUUUUCUUUUUUUCCCGGUGACCGGAGUAAGGAAGCAAAGAGAAGUAGAUGACGACUCGGAUAGCUCCAGGAGUCGGAGCUAAUCUUCUUGGCCAGCACUCCGCCGAGAGAAACCAAGACGCCACUGUUUACGUCGGGAAUCUUGAUCAUCAGCUUUCUGAAGAAUUGCUUUGGGAACUUUUCUCACAAGCCGGCCCCGUUGCUAACGUCUAUGUGCCGAAAGACAAGGUGACAAAUCUUCGUCAAGGUUAUGGAUUCGUUGAAUUUCGCAGUGAGGAAGAUGCUGACUAUGCAAUUAAGGUUCUUAAUAUGAUUAAGCUCAACGGGCAGUUUAUAAAUGUAAAGAAGGCGUCUCAAGAUAAGAAGAGCUUAGAUGUUGGUGCUAACCUUUUCAUUGGAAACCUUGACCCUGAUGUGGAUGAGAAGCUCUUGUAUGAUACUUUUAGCGCAUUUGGUGUGAUUGUUUCUAACCCUAAGAUAAUGCUAGAUCCUGAUACAGGGAACUCACGAGGCUUCGGUUUCAUCAGCUAUAACUCCUUUGAGGCAUCUGAUGAUGCCAUUGAGGCAAUGAACGGACAGUAUCUCUGUAAUCGUCAGAUAACAGUCUCUUACGCAUACAAGAAAGACACUAAAGGAGAGCGACACGGUACUCCAGCAGAGAGGCUUUUGGCUGCUACAAAUCCAAGUUCCAGACCCCACAAGCUAUACGCAAGCGGCCCACCAACGCAUCCCAAUGCUCCUCAAGCUAACGGUCGACCACGUCCACAGGCCUAUCAAACUCAACCACCGUCUUGGCCAUCUCAGCCGUCACAACAACAACAACAACACGGCUUAGCGGUUCCACCACCACCUAGGCAACAACUCUUUCCUACUCAGGGAAUGCCGCCGCCACCACCGCCACCACCGCCACAGUUUCUUCAUAACCAACAAGGUUUCGGUGGUCUGAGGCCACCACCACCACCGCCACCACCUCAAGCCAUGGGAAUGCACCAAAACGGAUGGCCGCCGCAACACAUGCAGCAAGGUGGACCACCACCACCACUAGUUAUGCACCACCAUCAUCAUAUGUCUAUGCCUCCGCCACCACCACACCAAGGUUGAUCAUAAUAUUUUUAGUCUUGGGACCAAAUUAACCGUUUGUAAACCCUUUCUUCCAUAGCAAGUAAUCACAAGAACUAGUUAUAGAUUCUAAGAAGCCUCCCCAAACUCAAGUCGUUUAGCCUUAUCUGACCUUAUGAACCCAUAAGGAUUUUACCCACAUGAAAGACAUAUUUUUUGGUUUUCUCUAUAAAACUAUAAACAUUUUAACCAAUGGUAAUAAAAUUUCACAAAAC